AUGAAGGCUUCUAGUUUUGCUGCUUGUGCUGAUGCUAAGGAGGAAAGUGUGAUUGCCAUCGUGGUGGGCGGAAAGAGUUUUGCUGCUUGUGCUAAUGCUAAGGAGGCCAUGAUGGUGGGAGGAAAGGGUUUAUUACUUUAUUCAGGUGUCCACUUCACUAAGUACACAGUGCUUGGUGACAACGUAGUGAUCAUUGACAAUUCUGUUGUUAAAACGGCCUUAUUACCACCCAGUGAGAUAUUGGAUAUUAUAUGCCUGACUGACUCUCAAGUAAUUGGUAAAGUGACUGUUGAUCCUAGUGGUUUUAUACUCCUCUAA